AUGGCCAGCGAGGCAAGGUCGUCGCCACGGCCGGUGGCGUCACCUCGCCACACCAGCACCCGCGGGACCUCAAGCCCGUGCUCGACGCCCAACCAUCGAGCUACUGCACCGGCGCCUCAAUCCCGUCGCCUCUCCCUCAACCGGACGCCGCCGCCGGCGACCAGCACCCCCAGGAGAACGCCAUGGAAUUGCAGGAGCUCAAGCCUGUCGUUGUCCGCCCGCGACCCCCGCCUCCCGUCAGACUCCACUGUGCCGACAAGCUCCAGCAGGUCCCCAGCGCCGCUCCACCUUGUCUCCAACUCCAGUCACGGCCUCGCCCCGCUUGCUGCUUCUCCUUCCCGUCUGCUUCCUCUACAUCAGGCCAGCGCCUCGACGAGAACCCCGCCCUUGCCUCGUCUUGGCCGGUGGAUCCGAACGCCCAAGACCGUGCCGCCCCGGAUCUCCUCCGUCCUCACCCAUCCUGUGCUGUCGUCGCCGUCAGCAAGCUCGAAGACGAAGUCAUUGACUCCCCGCGUUCGAAGCCCUGCCGCACCGCGGUUGGACCAGCCUCGCCAGGAGCCGUUCACUCGUUGUCUCGCUGCUCGCGUCGACCCGUCCCCUGCUUCGGUCGUGCGAGCACACGAGGACGAGGCCAACGCCAAGUCUCGCUCCUUUCCCUGCCUCGCUCGAUCUCCUCGAACGAGACGACGAACGCCGCGCUGUGCGUUGACCUCUCCAGCGAGGCCCAGCAGUGUCCUCCGUCCCCUGGGCUGGCCCUUCUACUCCCUCUCCACCGCCUUGGGCCAAAGCCCAUGGGUGAGAAGCUCCCAGCGCCUCCUGUUUUUUUCAUUUCCCUGCUGUCGGGCCAGCAGAUUCGGCCAUGUAAGUUUUUUUGCAUCUGCGAUUUUUGCUAAAUUUUCCAGAGACAGCGGUUUUACAGAAAAACCCCUAGUCUUCAUGCAUAUAAUAACUUAUGAAUAAUGCAUCAUAUGUAAAGACUUUAUAUGUGAAAUAUGACUAGAAUUUCAUCUAGUUUCAUAA